UCGGUCGUUGUGGGGAGGUUUUCACCAGAGGUCAGCAAUGUACCUGUGACUUUGGCUGCCUGCAGCACAACGAGUGCUGCCCCGACUUCCAGGCCACCUGCACCACCACUCCGUCCUGUCAGGGUCGCUGUGGUGAGACGUUCAGGAGAGGUCGGACGUGCGAGUGUGACCCUCAGUGUGUCCAGUUCAACACCUGCUGCCAGGACUUCCAGCUGCACUGCGAUGCCACUGUGACCAUCCCUCGCCAUGGAAGCUCCCAGCAGAGAACCACAGUUCCCAGAAAGAGGAACCCAGAGAGGAGCCGCCAAAGGUCCAACAGCGAGAGUGAGGAAUGGUUCACAGGCAGAGGUCGCUGUCCUCAGUACCCUGGGGGGCGGUGCCCAGGUAGAUUUGGCCCAGCAAACCCACUGCCAGCUGGCGCUUUGGGCUACAAUCCUGCUGCAGUGCAAGGUGGAAGUAACAUCCCUGUGGGCCUGCUGCCCAGGCAAGUGUCUACCUCUCCAGGUGGAGCUCACCGUUUCCCAGCAGGUCAGCUGUCCCAGCCCAACAACGGCGCUCCAGUGUUGGACGGCAGGGUUCCUGUCAGCUCCCCCACCAAUGGAGCUACAGAUGGCAAACUAAAUAUCCAGCUGGUGGUGACCCCGGUGAACCUGGGUCUGUCUGGGCCCAGCCAAGGUUAAUUA